GAAGGCGCGGACGGAGCGGCAGUAGGUGAGAUUGAGAGCGGUUUAAGGCAAAGAUCCUAUUGCAAGCUUUGGUCUAGGGGGAAAAGAGCGGGGGUCUCAGUCCCCGUGUGUGGAGAGAUCGGUCCUCGGUCUGAGCGGGUUGCUCUUUGCUUGCUUGUAGGUGGGACAGAAAGUCACCUUGUUGGAGUCAUGUCUGCGCCAUCCUAUCACACCCCAGUGGAGCGGCACCUGACUUCCAGUGAAGAAGUCCGUGUCCCCAUGGCAAGUCGCCCUCAGCCGAAGUACCCAGCGGGCGGAACCAACCUGGAGGAGCAGAGAACGCGUUGGGAAAGGAAAAGGGUUCGGACUGUGAAAGAGUUGAUUGAGACGGAGCAGAGGUACUUCGAACAGCUGGAGUUAGUUGCAGUGUAUUUUAUAGAGAUUUUAACGGCAAAGGGGACUCUGCGGACGGAGGAACGAGAUGCCAUAUUUUGCACCUUUAAGUCCAUCCAUUCAAUAAACAGGAUGCUGUUGAGUGAUCUCGAGAACGGAAAACUAGGGCAAGGAUUUGAACGCUUCUGCCCUCAACUUCAUCUUUAUACCACUUACACAGAUAACAUGGAACAUGCUCUCAAAGUCUUGCAGGAGCAAAUUAAGAAAAACAAACAAUUCGCUCGAUUUAAGAAGCUUCAAGAAUCUCGAGCAGAAUUCCACGGGUUGAAACUAGAAGACUUGCUUCCCCUGCCUCUUCGGCGUAUAUAUCAAUACAAGCAUCUGUUGCGAGAUUUAACUGAAAAUACCAAUCCUGACCAUCCAGAGUUUCAGCAGCUCAAAAGUGCAGUGAGGGUGAUUUCGGAAGCUUCCCAGCACAUUCAGGACCAGGCUCGGAGGCAGGAGAACCACCUCCAGGUGCUCCGGGUGCAGAAACUAUUGAAAGGGCGACGGAGCAAGGUGCUGGCCGCAGGAAGGCAGUACAUUCGCGAAGGUUGGCUGACCGCCGUGCCGUCCAAGGGCGAGGAAACCAAGCACAGAAUGUUCUUUCUGUUUUCCGACCUUCUCCUGAUGACCAAACCCUGUCACCCGCUCCACCCCGUGCACUCCGACAAGCUCGUCUGGCAGAGGGCCUACCCUUUGGUCGAGGGCAGGGUAGAGAAAGUCUUCGGGCACACCAGGAGUCAAGGAGGCCUGAUCAGCCUGACCUUCCCAGAGGAGAAGCUCCUGGUGAUGUCGAAUGACCAGGAGGACAUCAACAACUGGUACCGUUGUCUCUCCGCUGCUAUAGGGCGGUUGCAAUCGCGGGCCACUGUUACCCAGAGGAGGGAUAACCUCGCAAGGAGACCACUACGGCCGGCACAAGACUCAACACAGGCGAACACUGACUCGCCCAUCCCGAAAGCCGGCAGCAAGAGAUACUUGAGCGACCAGCCACGAGAGGAGCCAAGCGCGAGCAGUUACACUGAGAACCAUUGCACUGAACCAAAGCAAAUGAAACUGAUGCCACAUCCCACCCUGAGGCCCGAAGACUCCGGCCCCAGUGCGCAACAGGCGGGCAACAGCUGUAUCAUCCUGUGAUGUUUCCAAGCCUCAGGGAGGACCGGACUCCAUUCUGUAUAAAGAGCACAAGCUUCAACGUACCACGGGUGAAGGCGGCUUGUAAACGCACCUGGACUCAAACCCUGCACCUGCUCUAACGCACCACGAGUCGGGUGCAGCGUCAUUGUACAAAAGGCCCGCUUGAAGUCUACGGAUCGGAAAGGUCUCCUUACCCGCGACAUUGUCUGACUCCUGCUGUGUAAUAUAACAUGCUGAUGGUUCAACCUCUGCUGGGUGGGGAGGAGAGAUAACUGUACACUUGGCAUGAACACCAUCAACCUCUUCCGGUAUGAAUCCCAGCAGAUUUAGCUGUGAACCACAAGAAGUUCAGUCCUUCACCUCCUCUUUGUUUUUUGCUUGGAUUUCAUGGAGGUUGAAAAAUGUUCUUAGUAUCCCUGGCCUUUUUUCCCCACGCACUCUUCCCUGUGCCCCCAUUUGUCCCACUUUCCCGACUCCUUUCCCCUUCCAUCCACGUAAAUGAUCAGUCCAGACCCUGGUCAAAGUCAUGCCGCGGUGAUUUUGAUUACUGGAAAUGCCGAAUCCAUUCUUAUUUUACUGAGCAGACCCUGAUGUUCACAUUACAAGCCAGGACGGACCCGUCUCCAAUAAGGAACACCUUUUAAUUAACGGUUUAAUGCUGUGUCCACGAUUACAGUUCAACACCGAUUACAUUGGUGAUAAUUGUUUAAUGUUCUUUACUUGGUCAUUACUAAAAGAGCUGUCAAUUUGUGCUGUAGAAUAAUGAAUGAGAUUUUCUUUCACGUAUUUUAUCAUCGUUAGGCUGGGAAUGUCCCGCCUUAGCUGCCAAAGGGCUAAUCCUUCACUGUGAAUACUACAGGUAUUCGGAAUGCAACCUGCAGUGGCACAGCGGUGGAGUAGCUGCCUCACUGCGGCAGAGAACCCACUUCAAUCCUGACCUCGGGUGCCGUCUGUGUUGAGUAUGCAAGUUCUCCCUGUGACCGCGGGGUUUUCCUCCGGGUGCUCAGGUUUCCUCCCACAUCCCAAAGACGUGCAGGUUUGUAGGUGAAUUGGCCCUCUGUAAAUUGUGUAGGGAGUGGAUGAGAAAGUGGGAUAACAUAGAACUAGCAUGAACGGGUGAUCGAUGGUUGGCGUGGGCUAAAGAGCCUGUUUGUUUCCAAAUAAAAUAAAUAUAACGCCCUUAAAUUUUAUUCCAAGUGUAUUAAUUGUUUUUUAAAAAAUGUGAAGUUAAAUUAAUUUUUGUUCGCAGAAAACAAAGGGAAUAAAUAUUUUCAUUGGUUGAGUGGGGUGGUCUUGCUAGAUAUUGGCCUGCGAUUAGUUGACAUUCUCUUUGAUAACUCUCCCCGUCCCCCUUCUCUUCAAACAAUUACAUAACCUCUUACAUAAACUACCUGCUGUUCAGACAUGAUAGUUUUAAUACGAUCAGCUUCUCCGUUCAGCCAUAUUCACCCAACUCGCUUUCAUUUUAGGCUUGUGGUGGAAUCGAUUUUUAAAUGAAAAUUGCACAGAAAAUACCAAUCAGGGAGAGCUUUAAAUUGCACAGAUUGUUUUGCUGUAAGGUUUGCAAAGCUGCUUCAAUGAUGCCAAGGUUUGUACACAACUGUGAAUGGCGAGUGUUCCUGCCUCCGUUACAAACUGUAGCGGAAUGAAGUUGCGCGUGUGUUUUGUGUCAAACUAUUUUUAUUGUUAUUAAAUCUCGUUAAUAAAU